UUCUUUUUCCAUCAUGUACAUUUUGUAAAAUAUAAUUGUAAUAAAUAAUAAUGAAAUAUUUAUUUAUUAAAAUAAAAACAUUAUAGUUUUUAAGUUUAAUUAUUAAUAUUUGAUUGCUGUAACGUACGAGUUAGUAAAAACGGCUAAGUGGCAAUUGUUUUUGUGGCCAUUUCGGCCAUCAAAUAUAUAUAUUUUUUUAUCUUCCUCAUCUUAAGACUGAAUAUUUUUAUUGACGAGAUAUGAAUCAAGAGUCUCAAUCAUGCUGUCCGGUUUGCACAUUAUACUUGCGUCCAGGCAUAUCCCUUCCAGUUCAUUUAAACACUCACCCAAAAAAACACGUCAUAAAAGCAUUGCUCUCAUUGACAAAUCAAAAUCCAAACUUUUCAAAGGUUGGAGUAGACCAGACUGAAGAAACACUUUCAGAUGACAGUAGCUCUUCAUCGUCAAAUCAUUCAGUAGCUUCUAUUAGUAAUACACACGACCAAGUUAACAAUGAUGACAGAAAUAGCCCUGUUAACUGUUCAUCUCCCAAAAGUUCCCAUAGUCAAGCUUUUUCAGAACUUAGAGAGGUUUUUGAAGAAGACAUUGAUAUUGAAGAUAAUAACGAGUCCUUUGGAGAUCACUUUUCACCAGAGUAUGAAGAUCAACAAGAUUGUAGUACAAGCUUUCAAGGGGUUUCUACCGAAUCGAUUCAAAACCACGAAGAAUCAGAAGAAACAACUGAAUCAUCUAUAGUAGGAAAUUUUAAUAACGAACCAUUUCAACCGAAUGUUAACAUAGAAGAUGAAGAGUACAUGUCGCGGUAUUUUUAUUCCAAUGAAAAUGCACGUAUUUCACACACUGAUCCCGAUCCACAAUUAAAUCCCCCUCAGUACAGUACUCUAACUACAAUGGAAUUACAUCCUGAAUAUCUUUCUUCAAAUAAUCAAGAAAAUCAACUGACUAUAGAUAUUCAAACCGAUGAACUUAUGCCUGCCCACGGCGAACUAUCGGGUCAAGAGAGUUUAGAACCUCCCGAGCCAAUACUCGCUUCCAUAUGGACCAUGAAGACAUCUGAUGAAUCUCAGCCGCAUACCAGCACGGCGUGGGAAGAUACAGUGCAUGAAGUUAGUACAGCAGCGAGAAAUUUGUUAAGCCUAAGAAAUAGAGAAGAAGAAGAAGUACCCAAAGAAGAAAUUUUGGAAAAAAAAGAAUUUAAACCAUUAAUAGGAAAAUUAACAUGUCCAUAUUGUAAAUUAAAGUUUAAUGGUGCCAAGAAUCGAAAGGCACAUAUAGCCGAAGAACAUAAAAGCGAGGAAGGCGUUAAAAAAGGUUUAAUGUAUAUAAAACCAUUUUUAAAAGUAGAAAAUGAAGAAGUCGAAGCUACUCUACAAGACAUGAAAGUCGAAUGCGGUAUUUGUGGCCAAGCGUUUGAAGAUUAUGUUAAAAUGACAUUGCAUUUCAUUGAUACUCAUAAAGAUAAGAACAAUUGGUGUCCAACUUGCGACACGGUAUUUCCAAUGAUCACAGAAUUUCGAGAACAUAUUUUAAAUGUUCACCCGUUAUUAUGUAGUUUUUGUACAAGGCAGUUCCGAACACAAUUUUCUUUGACCACUCAUUUAAAACGCCACCUUCAAAUAAGACCUUACACGUGUAAUCAUUGUGAUAAAUCCUUCGUAAGCCGUGUUCAGCUCCAAGAUCACACCAAUGGGCAUCUCAAUAUUAAACCUUAUAGUUGUGAUCGCUGUGAUCUCACCUUUAGAUGCAGAGCCAACCUCAACAAUCACAUACGCAAGUUACAUUUGUCUACGGGAAUUCAAAAAGAUUUCUACUGCCAUUGUGGAGAAGUGUUUGCAUCAUUGAAGAAAUUGAUUUGGCAUAAAGAAACACAUGAAGUCAAACCUAAACAAUGCCUUUGGUGUUCAGAGCGUUUCGUACAUGUUACUUCUUUAACUAGACACAUACGACACUCGCAUGAUCCGACAUAUUUACCAACAAAAGAUCGAGAUGCUGAGAACAUGACUUGCCAUAUAUGUAAUAGUACAUUUUUACGCAAGUCUUUUGCCACGCAUAUGCUUAUUCAUAAAGACUUGAGACCUUUUUCGUGCAAUAUAUGUAAUCGUGCAUUUCGAACAAGAUGGAAUUUGAGAAUGCAUCAGUGGACUCAUAUGUCUCGUUCACACAAGCCAUUCAAGUGUACCCAAUGCAAGAGUGCAUUUUACUUGAAACACGAAUGGGAAGCUCAUGUUCGAGCACAUAACGGCAUACGGCCAUUUACUUGUAACGAAUGUGGUAAACAAUUUAUUAGGAAAAAACACUGCAUGAGACAUAUGGCUGAACACAAGGAAGGCAAUCGAUCGUUUGUGUGUAAUGAAUGUGGAAAAAAAUUUCAUCGCAGUUAUUAUCUCUCUGAUCAUUUAAAAACGCACACUGGACAAAAACCUCACACGUGUCACAUUUGCGGAAAGACCACCAGUUCAAAAUCUAAUCACAACAAGCAUGUCCGUACACACCAUGCUAGAGAAACUGUUAAUACUGAGGGUUAAUUACAUAUACCUCAUUUUGUGUAUAUAAUAUAUAUAUAAAUACAUACAUCUUUAUGUAUUUUUUAGGUAAUUUAUAUUUGUAUAAAACAGUUUUUUUUUUAAAUUUAGAUGUUAAGGAGUACUUUCGAAUAGUAAAUUUUAUCAUCACUCUAUUCUUCUUGUUGAACAGACUGGCCACAUUGUUUGUAAAUAUUCAAUGAUAAUUUUAAGCUGUGUAUAGUGAUAUUAUAUUAUGUAAUCUAACCAUAUACAUAUUAUCUUUAUGUGCCAGUCAAUUCAACCCUUUACCAUUCUCAAUAAUUCUUUUUAUUAUUACUAUUUUAAUUAUUUAAAAGUGUAUUGCCAAUUUCAUUUAUAAUUUAUCUACUUGACACUCAUAUAAAUUAGAUCAGACUGGGGUGUAGAUAUUAUUAUUUUGUGAACAAAUUUGUGUGAGUGUUCGUGUGUGUUCUUUAUUUGUCUAUAACUUAUAAAGGUACUGUGUUAAUUUAUUGAUCUUUUGUAUUUUUAGUUUUAUUUUAUCUUUGCAAUAUAAUUUUUAAAAUUAUGCAUGUAAUUUUUUUUUAACUACAAAUUAAAUAAAUAUUUUAUUUUGCAAUAUUUAUUGUUUAUAAUUUUGUUAAAAAAGAAUAUUAGAUAAUUGUUUUUAAGAAUAAACAUUUUUUUUUACGACAAAUUUUAUAGUAUGUACAUAAAAUA